GUGUAGACUAGCAUAUUAAUAAAAAGUAGACAUCAGUAGCUCACACUCUAAAAAUACUUUCCAUAUAUUGUUUAGAAUCACUGAUAACCCCGAGGUCUAGGCGCCAGACUUGAAAAUGGAAAAGGCUUAACCACUACUAAAAUAGCAGCUAGAUAAUCUACUAAGAGAACUACAGUAUGAGCCAUAGCUUUACAGACUUUAUUGUGAAAGUCAGAGCUAGGAAAAGCACACAAGCACAUUGCUCGGCAAAAAGUCAUGGAAGGAGUUACUGUCAGGCACUGGGUGGAAACUCCAGUUCGUUAUCAGGAGAUGUUUUCAGCAGGAGAUCUGGACAACUGUAAACUGGAGCACUCAUUCUAUGCUCUUCCUGGCCCACACUGUCUGGGUCUUAAAAAUAGUCUGAAAGAAGAAGAAGUGGAAGAAAAACUAUGUCAUGAAUAUAAAGAAGACAUAACCUUGAGGAUAAUGCUGGACGUGGUUCAGUUCCGCCCAGAAGAUAUAAUUAUUCAGGUUUUUGAAGGAUGGCUCAUUAUUAAAGCGGAACACGGAAGCAGAAUGGAUGAGCAUGGAUUUGUUUCAAGGAGCUUUACAAGAACAUACAAGUUACCAAAUGGAACUGAGUCAAAAGACUUGACUGCUGUCUUCUGUCAUGAUGGAAUUCUGGCAGUUGAAAUAAAAAAGUGACUUUUUUGGUAAUAAUUAAUGUGGCCUGAAAAAUGUUUCAUUGUAUCUACUAUAUUUCCUAUGAUAAUAUGAAUAUUUGUGAUUGUCAUUAAGUCAGUCUGAACUUUUUUAAGUACCAUAAAAUAUUGUUUUAAAAGAAAAGUGUGUUAAAAAUGUAUCUGUAUUAAACUGACAACUAUUAGGCGCUUACGA